AUGGCCUACCUAUCCAGUGUAUUAACCAGGCCGGCCCCGGUUAAGUGUCCCGUCGAGGACUUGCAAAUCAAGACAGAAAAACGAGAGAUAGGCGGACAGCCCUCUCUUCCCUGUAAAGAUGUCUGGGUUCAUGUAGAGGAAACAGAUCCCAAUAACAUGUUGAGGAAAUAUAGGGCCAGAGCAGGCCAGCUGGUGUUUGAGGACUUCUUGAGGACAGAAUACAGUGAGGAGAACCUUUUAUUUUGGCUGGCCUGUGAAAACUACAAGAAAAUCACCAGAGUUACAGAAAUGACGGUGGCUGCCAAGAAGAUCUACGCAGAGUUUGUCCAAGUUGAUGCGCCGAGACAGAUAAACAUUGACUGUGUGACGAGGGAAGAAAUCAUGGAAAAUCUCUCUCAGCCGGAGCCAAAUUGCUUUGACAGGGCGCAGAGACUGAUAUACAGUCUGAUGGAAAACGACUGUUAUCCGCGAUUUCUGAAAUCAGAAAUGUACCAAGUUCUCCUGGAACAGGCUUAA